AUGGCGGCGGUGGGACCAGUCUGUGAGUGGAGUUCCCGCUCAGCCCUCGGUCCUCAGUCCCCUCCCGUGAGGAACGCGGGCUCCUGUCAAUCCCCGCACAGCGGCUCUGCCCAGCCUGUAGCCCUCCUGGUGCAGCUCUGCGCCCGCAGCCCCGCACCUUCCCCAGGCUGUGGGGUGAGGAGCUCACCGGGAAGACGCCGGCGCGGCGUGCGCGGGCACCGCGUGGGAGGAGCUGUGGAACUCUUAACAUUCAGGGAUGUGGCCAUAGAAUUCUCUCCAGAAGAGUGGAAAUGUCUGGACCCUUCUCAGCAGAAUUUAUAUAGAGAUGUGAUGUUGGAGAACUACAGAAACUUGGUCUCCCUGGGGGUUGCUAUCUCUAACCCAGACCUGGUCACCUGUCUGGAGCAAAGAAAAGAGCCCUACAAUUUCAAGAUACAUGAGACAGCAGCCAGACCCUCAGUUGUGUGUUCUCAUUUCACCCAAGACCUUUGGGCAGUGCAGGGCAUAGAAGAUUCAUUCCACAAACUUAUACAAAAAGGACAUGAGAAACGUGGACAUGAGAAUUUAAAAUUAAGAAAAACUUGUAAAAAUGUGAAUGAGUGUAAGGUGCAGAAAGGUGGUUAUAAUGGAAUUAACCAAUGCUUAUUAACUACCCAGAGCAAAAUAAUUCAAUGUAAUAUAUGUGUCAAAGUUUUUCAUAAAUUUUCAAAUUCAAACAAACGUAAGAUAAGAUACAUUGGAGAGAAAACCUUGAAAUGUAAAGAAUGUGGCAAAUCAUUUCACAUGCUCUCACACUUACACGAAAGAAUUCAUACUGGAGAGAACCCCCACACAUGUGAAGAAUGUGGCAAAGCUUUUGAUUGGUCCUCAAUUCUUACUAAACAUAAGAGAAUUCAUGCCAGAGAGAAACCCUACAAGUGUGAAGAAUGUGGUAAAGGCUUUAUUUGGUCCUCACACCUUACUAAAGACAAGAGAAUUCAUACUGGAGAGAAACCCUACAUAUGUGAAGAAUGUGGUAAAGUUUUUAACCAAUCUUCAACCCUUAAUUUACAUAAGAGAAUUCAUGCUGGAGAGAAACCCUUCUCAUCCGAAGAAUGUGGCAGUGUCUUUACUACAUCCUCAGACUUUGCUAAACAUAAGAGAAUUCAUACAGGAGAGAAACCUUACAAAUGUGAAGAAUGUGGCAAAUCCUUGAAUAGGUCCACAACCCUUAGGACACUUAAGAGAAUCCAUACUGGAGAGAAACCCUACACAUGUGGAGAAUGUGGUAAAGCCUUUAAUUGGUCCUCAACCCUUAAUGUACACAAGAGAAUUCACUCUGGAAAAAAUCCCUACAAAUGUGAAGAUUGUGGCAAAGCCUUUAAAGUGUUUGCAAACCUGCGUAAUAAUAAAAAAAUUCAUACUGGAGAGAAACCCUACGUAUGUACGCAAUGUGGCAAAGCCUUUAAAUAGUCCUCACACCUGAAUAAACAUAAGAAAAUUCACACUUUAGAUACCUACAAAUGUAAAGAAUGUGGGAGUACUUUUAAGCAGUAUUCCAACCUUCUUCAACAUAAGAGAACUCAUACUGGAGGCAAAUUUUAG